AUGACUGGUACGAACGGCCACCAAGCUUCGGAUCCCCUCAAGGAGAUUGAGACUAGGCUUUUUAUCAAUGGAGAGUAUGUCGAGUCUUCAAAUGGCAAGGCCUUCGGUUUACUAUCACCGAAGACUCAUGCGGUAGUCGCAAAAGUUUUCGAAGCCUCAGAAGAAGACGUAGACCGUGCAGUCGCCUCUGCAAAAGCAGCCCAGCCAGCCUGGGCGGCUCUAACCGUCGAGGAGCGCUCCUCGUGCUUUAAGAAACUGGCAGCACUGGUUCGAGAGCACAACGAUGAACUGGCGAGACUUGAAGCUUUGUCUAUGGGGAAACCGGUCUCGACUUUUAUUGAUGGACCUGCAUUCUCGUGGCUGUUUGAUUAUUAUUCGGAGAGUGGAUAUGAUGUUCAGGGCACGAGCAGUCUGAAUAUGCCGGGCUUUGUGAACUUGACUUUUAGGCAACCGUAUGGUGUUGUUGGUGUUAUUAUCCCUUGGAACGUUCCGUUACUUUUCUUUGCGAAGAAGGCGGCUCCUGCUCUCGCGGUUGGUAAUACUGUGGUAUUGAAGAGCAGUGAAAAGGCUCCUCUGGCUGCAAGUAUAACUAACCCCACGAGAGUAUAUUUAUUGACUUUCAAACAGUCUGCUAGAAUUGGCCAUUUCAUCAAGGAAGCAGGAUUUCCGCCAGGAGUUAUCAACAUAGUGACUGGAUUCGGCAAUGUCUCCGGCUCAGUUCUCAGCCACCACAUGGACGUGCGAGCACUGUCGUUCACAGGAUCAACUCGAACGGGAAGACUCAUCCAACAGGCAUCAUCAAAGUCGAACUUGAAACCAGUCUUUCUAGAGCUAGGCGGGAAAUCCCCAGCAAUCGUAUUCGAAGACGCUGAUCUCGAAGCAGCGGCUCAGGCAACCCAAUACUCAGUGCAAACCAACAGCGGGCAGACCUGUAUGGCGACCUCUCGCGUAUAUGUCCAGGAUACGAUAGCAGAAAAAUUCAUCGCAUUGUUCAAGGAAAAGUUCGGGCCCGUCAAAGUCGGCGACCCGACGCUCAAGGAAACGAAUCAUGGUCCGCAGGCAGAUAAAGUGCAGUACGAAAACGUGCUCAAGUAUCUCGAAAUCGGCAAGAAGGAUGGGAAGUUGAUUAUGGGAGGCAACCCGGAUUCUCGUGAGAAUGGAUAUUUUGUCGCACCGACAAUCUUCACAGACACGCCAGAAGAUUCGGUGAUUAUGAGAGAGGAGGUGUUCGGGCCCGUCGUCAACAUCAAUAUCUUCAAAACCGAGGAGGAAGUCAUGGCCAAGGCGAACAACACCGAGUACGGACUGUAUGCCGCAGUGUUCACCAAGAAUAUCGACCGAGCGAUGAGGUUUGCGAAGGGACUGGAGGCAGGAACCGUGGGCGUCAACUGUACGAGCCCCACGACAGGAAAGGACACGCCGUUUGGAGGGUAUAAAGGGUCUGGACUGGGGAGGGAAGGCUUACACCACAGCUUGGAUCAUUUCUUAGAGACCAAGUCGUCCCUGGACCUUGCAGAUACUGUGCACACAUCGGUGCCGAGUGUGGAGUGGCCACUCGACCAAAACAAAGACCAUAUUAUCACGUUUCCGAGGAGGAGUAUCGACCUCCAAAUUGAUACAACAAAUACUCAACAACAGACACAACGGCGUGAUUCGAAGACGACAGAUGACUCGCCAGGAUCGGAGGACGCCGUUCAGAAUGACUCGGAAGCGGAUACUGAAGAGAUUGCAGACUUACAUGAGCAGCUGGGGUGUUUGAUGCAGGACUCACUUGGAGAAUACCGCUACGUUGGAGCGUACUCCGAGAUUGCCUUCAAUUCAGCAGUAUGUACAAUGAAAGACGCACCGAGCCCCGAAGUAGAAGAUUCGAAGAUCAUCCCUCCACCCAAAGAGAACUUUCCUCCUCAGAAACCCGAGAGACCUAAGCUCCUCUACGAAGCCGCCUCACCAACACAUCCCUACCUCCCUCCUCGCGAAUAUUGCGAUUAUUACGUUGCUCGAUUCUUUGAAGAAGUUCAUUGCAUAUAUUGGCUGUAUCCGAUUGAACAGUUCCAUGCGAGGUUGGAUGAUACAUAUGUCACGGGCGGUGGGAUGGCCACAAGUUCAUGGCUUUGCUCUCUCUAUGCUAUAUUCGCACUUGGAGCAGCUUCAAAUGAAAACUCGCAGAACUCUCCCUUAAACGACUUCAUUUCUCCAGAGACACGGCUGGUUUCGGACGCAAAAACCUCUGAGGGGUAUUUGGCUCUGGCGAAAGCGCUGGUUCCGGCUGUUCAUGAUGAGGCAGACAUCGAUAGCAUCCGGGCCCUUGCAAUUCUAAGUGUGGCUCUGCUCACUUUCAGAUUCCGGAUCACCUCGUAUCUCUACAUGGGAACUGCAAUGCAGAUUGCAUUUUCACUUGGCUUCCAACAUGACAAAUCACCCACAAAUCAGAGCCCAGUGACGAAACAAAUAAAUCGAAGAAUCUGGUGGACGCUUUAUAUUAUGGACCAGGAGAUUGCUUCGCGGUGCGGAAGUCCCUGUGUCAGCGAUGAAAGGAGUCUCCGGAUUCAAACUCCCUUGCCAUCUGAGCAGGUACUAAAUCCCGGGACGAAUACCCCACUUGGCUGCCUCUCAGUCUCAACAUCCCUUAAUCGUCUGAAACGAGAGAUCAUCCAAACAAUAUACCCAGAACGAUCUUCAGAUUCAAGGACAAUAUCCUUUUCCAAAGUCACAAGCUAUGUCUCUUCACUUCAGCGAUGGCAAGCAGAAAUGCCAUCUCAUCUCAAGUGGGGAGUCCCGGUUGCUCCAACGCACAGGCGGUCAAUUGGUAUUCUUCACUUGAAUUACUGGAACGCCAUGAUGCUCCUUUCACAGCCAUUCCUGCUGUACCUCGUGAUCAAAGGCUCAACUUUGAACCACCCAAAGAGAACCUGGUUCGAGAAGCUCAGCAAGAUCUGCCUCGAUGCAGCCAGGAACGCUGUGGUCGUAAUCAAAACCAUGUCAACAGACCAAAGCAUCUCUAGCCUGAUCACAUUCGACUGCGUGUGCACUCUGAAGGUCAUCAUGAUUCUAGCCCUCGGACUUGCAAAAUCAGAAUCUCAAGAUCUUCGUCGAGAUAUUGGGGCUUGCGUCUCGAUGCUUGAGAACAUGGAACAAGUCGGAUUCUGCAGAAGUGUGGUGCAAGAACUCCCAACUCGACUCGCUCAACUUGGAAUUAAGAGCGAGUCGAACGACACAGAUGUGAAGGUGGACUUUGCACAGCAAGCCACUCUCUCGAACUUGUGGCCAGAAUUUGAUCCGUAA